AUGAUGGCGGAACAGCGCGACAGGAGUCAACGGGCGCGGUGGACAGCGAGGGCGCUCUUUCUUCUUGCCUGGCUUGCUGUGGGCUUGGAAAUGCUCUUCUGGAAUUCCAACUCCAGUUUCGUUUGCCCAAAAGCGCACGCUGUAGAGGUUUCCUCUUCCUCCGCUGAGCGUUCUUUCUCUCCCGCGUCAACACACUCGCCCGGGCCACGGGAUGCGGCGCCGAAGCUCGAAGCCGCGUCCGACGGACAGACACCCCUCGCUUCCGACACACUUUUUUUGGAUCCCUCCACUACUUCUACGGAUGAAGGUAGCGCGGAGGAACGGUUUCAGGAGCUGGAGGAGGACGAGUUUGAGCACAGCACUUCUGGAACUGCGCAGCACAGCCCCCGCGAGGACAUUGCCGUGCCACAAGAUGGUUCUGAAUCCCCAUUUACCGCCUUCAUUUCUGAGUCGGAACCCGGUGAAGAGUCUUUCGAGCCUUCGACACGAAUUCCUAGAGAGCCGACCGAAGAGACACCAGCCGCUUUCUCUUUCCUUCAGGUCAACGCGGCAGCGGCUCUCGCAAAGGGACAGAUUUCUCCGAGUCGAAUAGAACUCGCAAAGGGCCUUGCAGCAGCGGCUCUCGCAAAGGGACAGAUUUCUCCGAGUCGAAUAGAACUCGCAAAGGGCCUUGCAGCAGCGGCUCUCGCAAAGGGACAGAUUUCUCCGAGUCGAAUAGAACUCGCAAAGGGCCUUGCAGCAGCGCCUGCAGCGCCCGCCCAGAAAGAAACGGCGACCCAGGGGACUCGUGCCGGGCGUCACCUUUUGUCAUCAACUCUGAGCAGCGUUGUGAAAAUUUUUGUCGAUUUCACUCUGCCCGACUACUACUCACCUUGGCAGAUGCAAGCUCCGAAAGAGGCUUCGGGCUCGGGAUUCGUCGUCGAGGGCAAGCGAAUCUUGACGAACGGACAUGUUGUUGCUGAAACCACUCGAGUUCUAGUUCGAAAACACGGAAAUGCAAAGAAGUUUCUUGCGAGAGUUUUGGCAACGGCCCACGAAGCUGACCUGGCGCUGCUCGAAGUGGACAGCGAAGAAUUCUGGGAAAACCUCCAGCCGCUGCCGUUCGGUGGAAUCCCGCGUCUCAGGGACAGCGUCACCGUGCUAGGGUAUCCAACAGGAGGCGACCAGCUGAGCAUCACGGAAGGCAUUGUCAGCCGAGUAGGCAUGUCAGCGUACGCGCACUCCUCUGUCAGCCUGCUCACGGUCCAGAUUGACGCCGCGAUCAACCCAGGCAACUCGGGCGGUCCAGCGGUCGUUGACGGCCGCGUCGUGGGCGUCGCCUUCCAGGGCUUCAGCCAGUUGCAGAAUGUGGGCUACAUCGUCCCGUAUCCGAUUGUGCGACACUUCUUGAACGACUUGGUCCUGCACGGAAGAUACACGGGCUUCCCCUCGCUGGGUGUGAAGAUCGCCCACAUGGAGAACGACCACCUCCGACAGUUCAAGGGACUGAGUGCGUUGACCGCGGCCGACCUGCCACCAGGCGUGACUCCGACGGGCGUGCUGGUAGUCGAAGUGGACAACUUGCGCGUGAGUCGGUACAAGACUGGGCAGAUUCGCGUCCCGUACGCGUCACGGUCUCUAGCUGAGCCUCGCGACCGCUUAGAGCUGCUGCAGGAGCUCCGAGCGCAGGACGAAGAGAGCGCGCCGCCGGCGGCCGAGGCGCGAACGUCCGAGCUUGGCGCGGCCGAGAGCGGCGGCCAGAUGGACGCGCCCCGUUUCGAGCUGGUUUCGGCCGCGAGUGCGGCGAGUGGCGACGUCCAGAGUCUCGCGCACAGGGAGGCGGACGGCGGUCUCGCCCAUCCGGCCUUUCUGCAGACGCGCAUCACCCCGACGCACAUCCUCGGCAGCCGUAGUCAGUUGCUUCGCCUCUACGCGCUCGCGCGGAGGAGACAGCAGGUGCACGAGGUCACUGAGGGGGCUGCGUCGCCGAGCGAAGGGCGUGAGUUGGUGGCGACGGGGCACGGCGACAGAUCGACUCCACCCCCGAUCGUGGUGAACAUGACUGUCGCGAAACUCGGACCUGGCUUGUAUGCCCAGAUUCCAAAGGGAGCGUUCGGACCGCCAGUAAUACCCGUUUCCCGCAGGCUGCCGGGGAUCCGCGAUUGGCGUCUGCAGAGCGCCCCGGAUUCCGCUGCGCGAGGCGAAAAUCCAGGAGUUGCCAAAGACACGGGCCACGUUCUCGAGGCGCAGGAGCACGCGCAAGACCAGGCGCACGACGAAGUCGCGAGCGGGCGGAACGCGCUCGAAGUCCAAGAGAACAGGGUGGUGCGUGGGAACGCACGCGGCGCCCUGCCAAAUGGGUCUCCGUCUCCUACCUCGAGCGAGGCGCCGAACCAGCAGACGGCCAGGAAGGCUGUCGAACCGCUGGAAGAGGGUCCGCGCUCGGAGGAAGAACUGCUGUUGCCGAAUCCGUAUUUCCCACCGGAGCAAGACGUAGAAGGCGGCGAGCUCGGACUGAAGGUUGGGGAUGUCAUCCUCGCUGUCGAUGGAACGGAUGUUGCGGAUGAUGGAACGGUCGCUUUCCGACAACUCGAACGCGUGUCGAUCGACUACACCAUCAUGAAUCGCUUCAAUGGAGAGACGUGCAAGGUGCUGGUUCUUCGGGAUGGGCGAGUUCGAGAGAUUCUGGUCCCCAUCACCAACUUGAAUCUGAAAAUCCCGAGGCACACGUGGGAUCAGAAGCCAAAGUACUUUGUCUUUGGCGGCCUCGUCUUUACCACUCUGACGCGGCAACUGCUGGAACACAUGAAGGCAGCGGAAUUUCCUGCACAUUUCUACACAAAAAUAAAGCGGUCGGAGUACCAGGAGGCGGAGGGUGACGAAGUUGUCGUGUUGAGCGUGAUUCUCGCGUCGGAGUUGACGGUGGGGUACAAUGCAGCGCCGGCGAUCGUGACAGCUGUGCAGGGACAGAAGGUUCGAGGCCUGGCGGAUGUGGUCAGGAUUGUGGAAGAAAGCAAAGAGAAUUUCCUCGAGUUUACUGUGAAGGUGUCCGGAAUCUCUCAGAUGCCGAUCGUUCUUGACCGCCAGAAGGCGAUGGCAGUCAAUCCGAAGAUUUUGGGGCAACACAAGAUUCUCAGAGAUCGUUCGUUCUUCCUUUAG